GUCCGCUUCAACAGUCGGUACGAAUAUUACGUUUAUUUAACUGAUUUCCAAAACAAAACGAACAGCCCUUUGAAUAUAAGCCGACGCCGUUUAAACGCGCCCAGCCAGGUGGAUUUAUAUACGAAAAGGGGGAGUAUUCAACACGACUAUUAUUACCUGCUUUGCAAAGUUGGUUGAUGCCCGUAACUCUCACGUCUGCUCGUGAAUCAUGUCACGCCGGAAACAGACGCGGCCCCAGCAGCUCGUUAACGCAGACCCCGGGGGCACGCGCUUGAUGCCGCAAGAUGACCAGCUUCCAGUAAAAUCUCCAUUCACAUCUCUUGCCUCAGAAGCUACCUCGUCAUCUUCCUCUUCCUCCCCCUCAUCCCUUCAGGAUUGUCAACCUCCUUUGGCCCCAAGGGCAUCCCCUGGUGGCCUUCGUACACCCUCACUCCCCAAUGAGAGCUCCUCUCCUCCCCAUUGGCCUAAUCACAUUGCCAUGUAUACCACAUCUCUACCUAAUGCACAUUCAUCUCUUUCCCCAGACUUCCCACAUCCUUCAUUGUCAUCCCAGACCCAUUCACCUCCUCCUGUCUCACAGAAAUCCACUCAUGUUCCACUUCACCAACCCCACUCCACUGUGACUUCCCCACCAAUGGGUAUUUUAGUAACCACCUCUACCUCCUCCUCAUCAUCAUCUUUAUCCUCCUCCUCCUCACUGGGUGCCCCUCAACAUCAAGGAAGCCCCAGUCCCAUCCACCAAACUCCUUCCUCACCUUCAGGGCAGCUCCAGGUGCCUCCGACCCUGGCUGUACUCUUGGAGGAGCUUCAGGUUCUACAGCAAAGACAGAUUCACCAAAUGCAGAUUACAGAAGAGAUCUGCAGGCAGGUACUGCGUCUGGGUGGUAUGGUCAGUGCCCAAGAUGCACCUUCAAAUUCUGUGGAUGGUCAACAGGGAGUUGAAGACUCCCUCUCCCCACCUAACACUGUCUCUGGUGCCCCUUUCAUUCCCCAAGCUUCUGUGUCAAAGCCCAACCUGUCUCACACUAUUGGAAGUAGAGCUCUGUAUUCCUCCUCAUCAUCUUUAACACCCUCCUCAUCAUCCUCAUCUUUAUUCACCUCUUCAGCCUCUAUGCACCCCCUCUCUUUAUCAUUGGGACUUACUCCUCGUUACCUCAAUGAAAAGUCUCCUAACACCUCUAUCAGUCAUGGCAAUGGUGUGAAUUUCUCAACUCCUCCCUUGCCCACACGCAGCCUCUCCCAGGAACAGCUACCACUAAGUUCCUCUGUUAGUACCUCGAACGGAUCUUCAACCUCAUCUUUAGGCCGCCAGCAACACAUAUGCCGGUUCUGUGGGAAGGUUUUAAGCAGUGACUCCUCCUUACAGAUACAUCUGAGAUCCCACACCGGUGAGCGUCCGUACCAGUGUCCAGUCUGCCUCAGUCGCUUUACUACCCGUGGCAAUCUUAAAGCCCACUUUCUUCGUCACCGUGAGCAAAAUCCUGAGUUGUCGCUCUCCCUCUUGCCACCAGCUCUAUCCGAGCAGAGCCAAUCAGGAUCUGGCUCAGGGCCAUCACAGAGACGCAGGAAACGGCGUGCAGAAGAUGAAGAGCCUUUUGGGGUUAAAGGUAAUGUGGGCAUGCCAGACAGUUUAGCUCUGGGUUUCCUGUCUGGGUCAUCUCAUCCAUCUCCCUCCUCCCUUCCAUUGCCACCUAGUGUUGAUCUGGCCCUACUUUCCACUGCCCACUCUUUGCUUCAACUUAAUCGUGCCUCAGCUGCAGCUGCAGCUUCUGUUUCCAAUAGCGUACAGUCCUCAUCAUCCAUCACCACCUCCUCCUCUUCUACUUUGAACAGCCAGUUCAAAGGUGCAAAGCAGCAGAGGUUUGAUGAGAAUACACCACCACACUCCAGCUUACACCCUGGUUCUCCAUAUUCCCAGCUGGCACACCUUCCUAAGAUUCUCUUCCCAUCAGGUCCCUCUGCUCACCAUCCUAGCUUUGCCCUUCUCCGCCCUCCUCACCUCCCUUCUCCUCACCUCCCACUUACCUUUCCCUUCUCCACUUACCCCAAACCUCAAAACGCCUCUCCUCCAUCCUCUUCUCCAUCCUCCUCCUCUGCAACAUCUGACACCUCCAAGCUACAGAGACUGGCACAAAAAUUGGAGAAGCAGCCCCUCCCUAAAGGUGCCAAUGAAGGUCAGACAAGCACUCAGGCAAAUGACAUAUCCACAACCUCCAACGCUAAUGUUAUCUCGGCUUACCGGAGGGAGAUGAUGGCAGCCUUAGGACUGAACCCCAACUCCAGCAGUGAGCGAACUAGCCAAGAGCUUCCAGGAUCAACUGCCUCCACUUUGGCCCCUAAUCAGUGUGGGGUGUGCCUGCGUGUCCUCAGUUGCCCAAGGGCUUUACGUCUCCACCAGGCCACCCAUUUGGGUGAACGCCCGUUCCCCUGCAAACUCUGUGGCCGCUCCUUCUCCACAAAAGGAAGUCUAAGGGCUCAUCUGGCCACUCACAGAGCACGUCCAGCCAAUGUACGUGGCCAGAACUCCUGCCCUCUCUGCCAGCGGAAAUUUACUAAUGCCGUGGUACUGCAGCAUCACAUUCGCAUGCAUCUGGGGGGCCAUUUGCCUCCAGAAGGCAAUGAGGAGAUGCAGCCUGAAGAAGACCCUGGUCAAAUGCAUGGAGUUGCUCUGCCUAAGACCCUUCAAUCUCUUCCUCUUAAUAUGAGCAUGUCUUCCUCUGCCACCAUCCUAGAGUCAGAUACUGAUGCACACCAGCUCAUGGAGUCAGAUCAAGAUCCCUAUGACAACACACCUGAGACGAGUCCAACCGUGACAGUGGAGAAGCAGGACAACGGAACCCCUUCCUCGGAAAAUAGCCCCCCUGACAAUUCUAUUGCCUCUGAGGAGAACCUUUACCUUGGCACAACUUACCAUAGCAAGCUUCAAGUUGUUAAUGGCACCAUAGAAGAAGACACACCUCUGUCCCUCUGUACAAGGACUAGCUCCCAGGACACAUUGUUUGGUAAAAAAUUGCAAAAUGGGAGUUCACAUCAUACAGUGCAUAAUCCUACAAUAGGCUCUGAAGCUCUAGAUCUGUCACCAGCCCUCACUCCACCCUCCAGCCCUGGGGUGACCUCUGAGUUAACGUCAGACCAAAGCAGCAAGCAGACAGCACCUCUUGUGAAUGUAAUGGACAAUGGUCUUGAGCCCAAGAAUUCAGACUUUCAUCAAGCUACAGAAAAUGCAUCUUUGCACUCCAAAGUUUCAGAAAGAGUCAUAGAGGAGAAUGGGAAAACUGAGGAUGCACAGCAAUCUAAAACCGAGGUAUCAGUAGAGAAGGAUGAAGGAAAACAGGCACUGGAUAGAGAGAAGAUAGAUGUGAUUUCAGACACUCCAGUUGCCCCUCCACAACCCCAGCGUUCUGAGAAACCUUACAGCUGCACUGAGUGCGGAAAAGAGUAUGCUAGCCGCAGUGGAUUAAAGGGUCACAUGAAAAUCCACAGCGGAAGUAUGAAUCAGUUGGCCAGUACAGCAUCCGCACAGUCCUCUGAGGGAAAAGCUGAGGAGCCAGCCAAUGGAAAACUGCAAGGAGAGGAAAAUAAAAACUCUUCAGAGGAGAGCACAGACAAACUGUCCUUGAGUGAGGAUCCAUUGUAUACUACAGAUAGAGACAACAGGCCUGAAGACAGUGCUUAAAAGGAUGUGAUUAGUUUGGUUCUAGCACUAUUCUUGUUUACCGAUUUAUAUUUUACUUUUUUCAUUUUUGUUGUUAGAAGUUUUUAAUUGUUUGAAAUUGUAGAAUGGUAGUAAAUCAGUCAAUGUAUAAUAGUAGUGCCUUUUCAUGAAGACAAUGAAAUUAUAUUGAUUAAGACUUAGUUUGUCUUUGACCUUUUAAAUAUCAAGAUGCACAGAAAUUGGAUCUUGAAAAUAAUAUUUGUGUAUAAUAAAAAGAUAAUUCUGCAUCUUAGUGCAAUUUGGAAUUCUUGCAUCUAAAAGAAAAACAUAAAAACUUAAAAACAAAAAUAAACAUUAGGAAAAAAGGAAUUGACCUGAAGUGAGAUGAGUGAGGAUGGGGGAUCAAACCAAAACUGAUCAACCGAUGUGAAUGUAAAUACAUGGGUAUAUGUUCCCUAGUUUUGUGUUCAUUCAUGCUGCUGUAUUAUGUAGGUGUUUCUCUAUAGCUGCACUAUUCCCAUGACUGCUAUAACUCUGUUUGACAAGGGAGGCUUAUGACUGAUAGAAAGUCUGUUCUUUGGAUUUCUUUAUUUAGAAGACCCAGUUUUACUGAUUUGUUGGUAUUAAUUUGUACUGAACUUGAUUACUAAAGGAAUCUGGCAAACAGCACAUCAGAUCUGGUCUGAUGAUGCUAAAGGGGGGCAAAUGGCUCAAUAUUGUCAUAGAUUUAUGUUUUCCUAUAUAUUUUUUUUGUUGUUGUUGGCUCUGUUGAAUUCGAUUUAGAUUUUGCUAUUUAGAUGUUCUUGUUGCAUGAUCCUAAUUUGUCAAA